AUGAUCCUGCGGCAAGCGAGGGGGAAAUCAACCUCCUUCAGACCCUGCCUUACCAGAAAGAGCUCCAGGAACAGCAGCAGCAGCAGCGGCAGCAACGAUGAUUCGAAGAUCUCAGAACUCAAUCUGGUGAGCUUUGACCCAUGCUCUAUGAUGUUCAUGUAGAACCAAUCCUUGAUUAUUUCUUAAAAAGGGUCGCUCGUCGAAUCACUGCCUCCAAGAAGUUGGUGAAUCUUUGAUAGAUUCAAAUGCUGGAAACCUAAAUAUUGUCUGUAAUAUUCAUCUGGUGGGGAUCCGCCGCCAUUCCAGGAAAUGGAGGCGAUCUUCGGCGCAGCCCUUCCCUCCGGUAACCUCCGGCCACCACCCACCGGAGAACCUCGGAUCCCCUCUCAGGCGGCGGCGGCGCCGCCGCCGCCGAUCCAGAGCGGGCGAGGGCUGACCCACGUCGGCGCCGGCGGCGAGGCCCAGAUGGUGGACGUGUCCGGCAAGGAGGAGACGAAAAGGACCGCCAUGGCUAGCUGCAAGGUCCUCCUGGGGCGUGAGGUCUUCGGGCUGGUCGCCGCCAACCAGAUGGUCAAAGGGGACGUCCUCGGGGUGGCGAAGAUCGCCGGCAUCGGCGGCGCCAAGCAGACGGCCAGUCUCAUCCCGCUGUGUCACAACAUCGGGCUUAGCCACGUGGACGUUGACCUGAGGCUCGAGGAGGAGGACUUCAGCGUCCGCGUGGCGGUGGAGGCGGCGGCGGCGGCGGGCAAGACCGGGGUGGAGAUGGAGGCGUUGACGGCGGCAGCGGUCGCCGGGCUCACCGUCUACGACAUGUGCAAGGCCGCCUCCAAGGACAUCCAGAUCACCGACCUCCGCCUCGACAGGAAAACCGGCGGCAAGAGCGGGGACUGGUCCAGAGAACCGUGA